AUGCGAUACGACAAUCACUUAAAUUUAUUAGAUGAAUUUGACAAAAUCCAAUCGAUUAUAGAGUCUGAAUGUAAAGAGGAUGACUUAGAUGAACAAUUCAAUGAACGCGAUACAUUUCAAGAUAGAUAUUAUGCUGCUUUUGAUUUUUUGAAACAAUUUAUACAAACUUUACAACCACGUCUAGAUACAAGCGUUGAACAAAAUUCAAAUUCAGUUAACAAAAUUUCGUCGAAUAAUUUUGAUCCUCUUCAGAAUGUUUUAUUACCAAAGUUAAAAUUACCUAGCUUUGAUGGAGAGUUUCAUCAUUGGCUUCAAUUUAAAACCAAUUUUAAAACUAUCAUAUGUGACAAUACAAAUUUGAAUGAGAAUCAGAAAUUUCAGUUUUUAAAGGCGUCUCUAGAAGGGUACGCUUCUCGAUUUAUUGAAGGUUUAGACAGUACAGACAAACCAUUUGAAAGAGCUUGGAACCUUUUAGGUGAAAGAUUUGAUAAAAAACAAUUCUUAAUCGAUAGCCAUUUCAAGUCUAUUCUAAGUGUGCAAAAUAUUGUUAGAGAAAAUUAUAUACAAUUCCGUAAGUUAUUAGAUGAAAUUUCUAAACAUUUAACAUCGCUAGAAGGCUUAGAGUUAACUAAAGAUAUUUUAUACGACUUCUUUAUUAUUUAUAUUGUGUCCAAUAAAUUGGACAAAAAUACGAUUCGUGACUAG